AUGCAUAGAUGGCGGCCUCUGCACCGUCGCCACUUUCAAUCUGCAUUCAUUCGCCGUCUAUUUAGCACCAGCACUACAGCUGAAAGCAUAGAUGUCCGCUGCGGCUCUUCGGGUCAUGUUACAGUCGACUUGUACAAUUUCACAAAUCUACGGCGCGAUGAGCCCGUUCUGAUUCAUCUUCCUCCUCUCCCAGCUCGUGGUGACGGACCGUUGAAGCUGCCCGAGUUUCUCCACGGCCUGCCCGUAGCCAGCAUCCGCUAUCGAUGGGACGGCCUCUCAGGGAGACCCCCCCUGGCACUGCUGGACGACCACAAGCCAUCUCCCGCACAAUGGCCGACACCGGUCCAUGAUGUUUCAUUCGCGUACUCGUGGCUCUCUGACACGUUUUCGCCGGAAAAGUGUGGCCGUCGCGGCGUCUACGUGUACGGCUCCUUUCUCGGCGCCAGUCUCGCGGCCUCGCUCGCCUUGACCGAGGCGCAUCCUCAUGCGCGCUUUGCUGUCCGGGGCCUCAUGGCCUACAACGGCAUAUAUAACUGGACCAUGUUUCUCCCCGACCACCGCGUCAACCGCCCGACGACGCGUGCCGGCAAGAGCAUCAUGCCCCCGCAACCCCGACAAGGAUCUCAUCUACACUUUUUGCAGGAGCAGAUGCCUGGUCUCUUUGGCAAGCCCGCCCAUCUCUUUGACGCGUUUGCCAGCCCCAGUCUCCUGUUCCACUCGCCAGGCCUCCUCGUACCGCGGUCUUUUACCAUGACGGUGGCCGAGGCCGUCGCGAUUGACGCCAUGGUCGGGCAAGCGGCCGACCCUGCCUUGGUCAAGACGCCGCGCAAGUCGCACCUGGUCUUUCCGCCUCGCAAGUCAACUCUCAAGAUUCCCGAGGCGCUGCUCAUGCACGACUCGAACCCGAUGCCGCUGACGGCAUCGGGACGGCCAUGGAAACGCAAACCAAAGGCGGGGGGCAAUAAUUUCCAGUCGCAGGCCGCUGAGCUGGUGGAGCUGAUGCGUCGCAGCGUCGACGUGGUCGAGCUAAAGGAGAGGGGAAAGUGGGAUGACAACGUCGAAGGCUUGGCGGAUGAGGCGAGUAGGCGCGUGCAAAUGCUGGAUACUGGCGAAGACAUGUUCUCAAACACAGCAGGGAGGAAGAAGACGCCCAAAAACCAUUCUGUACUUUGA